AUGGAGCCCGGGCCGCGUGCGGCGGAGGCUGGGAGGCGGCCCCUUGCCUGCCGCCGCCCCUCCCAAGGCCCCAGCUUCUCCAGGUUCGGGUUCACGGAUUGUAGGGCGGCCCUCACCUCACCUCAGGGCGGCGGCGUCCGCGGUCCAGCGGCCCCGGAGCCCCUGCGAGGAGGCGGUGCUGGGCGGGAGGAGACGCCGGCGGCCCGGGCGAUGGCUGACAGGCGCGCAGCUCCAGGCCGUUCACCUCCCACCCCGCUCCCGCCUGCGGCGCGGUCCGGGCGGCUUGAGGUGGGGGGGCCCCGAGGCGCGGGUUCCGAGGACUUGGAGGCAGCCAAUGGCAAGCCGGCGCGGGGCGGGGCGACCCCACCCCGCAAAGGAGCUCUGGGCGCUGGUCCCUGCGUGCUGAGGAGAAGCCCCGAAACUCACAGAGAAGCCCAAAGGGCUACACUCAUGCAAAAUUGGAAGGCUAUCCUGCAGUGCCUUGGUUCUGGCAGCAAAGUGAAUGUCAAUUUUGUACAUUCAGAGAGAAGGUCAAAGGUCAAGUACACCCUGGGGAAUCUGAGGGACGCUGUUCCCUGCAGAAAGAGCUCUGCCUACCCAAGCUCUCUCCUCACUCCAACAUCCAAGUUUCAGACUGGUUCCCUUCUUCGGUUUCUGGCUUUCCUAUCAGGGAUAUCCCUGUGUAAGGUCUGCUUAGUGAUGGGGGCUUCUUCAGAGACUUUCCCACCUCUAGCACCCACAGCUCCUGAGAAUGAAGAAGGGAAAACUACAAGUACUGACACAGAUGAAAAUCUAAAGAGGAAGAAGAAAUGGAGUACUGUAGUCAAAUGUUUGAUUGCUGUCACCCUGUUGCCCAGUGGAGUCAUUAUCACAAUAUUUGUCAUGUUUGAAGUCCCAGGUCAUAGCCAACGCCAAAGAGCCAGAAGGCUGUGCCUAUGCCAGCAGUUGUGGAGAAGGCAAGAGAAGAGGGACCUGCCACCUGGGACAGCAGAAUCCCAGCAGAACUCUCAGCCUCAGAAGGGAAGUAUUUUCUGUAUGCCUAUGUCCUCUGCUUAG